AUAGAACAAAGUGAAACUAAGGAAAAGCUGAUAAGUGAUCUUAUGGAAAAAUAUCAUGAAAUUGUAAGAAUUCAUGAAACAUUCAUGAAGGAGGCAGCUCUAUUAAAUGAGUACAAAAACAAAGUAAUCAAAGGGGAAAACGAUUUGCAAUUGUGUCAAAAUAAAGUUGAUAAAUCUGAAUCUGAAAUUAAUUCACAACAAAAUAUUAUUCUUAAAUUAAAAGAACAACUAACAGAUAAAUCCACCAACUUAGAAAAUUGUCAAGUUCAAUUAAAAUCUCUUGAUUCUACAUUAAUUGAAAAAGGUAAAAAUAUAAAAGCUCUUAAUUCUAGAUUAAUUGAAAAAGAUGAAAAUAUAAAGAGAUUGAGUGAGAAUAUUAAAAGUAACAAAGAACAUCAGAAAACACUUGAGUUGGAAUUAGAGAAGAGUAAAUCUAUAAUAAUAAAGCAUGAAAAUGAUAUUCAGUUAUGUCGUUUAGAAAACAACAAAUUAAAUAGGAUAUCAGAGAACAUUAGAGAAGAACAGAAAAAGAUUCAAUUGAAAUUAACAGAAAAUGAAACUAAACUAAGUCAAUCUGAACUUGAUAUGUUAAGUCCCACAACGUGUCUUCCUUUCGGAGAUUAUUCAGGAGUUUAUGAACUCAAUGUCUCUGGCAUAGGUUUAUUCGAUGUUUUAUGCGAUAGUCAGUUAGCUGGACCUGGAUGGAUUGUAAUACAACAACGAGUUGGGGGAGAUGAGAAUUUCAAUAGGGAUUGGGCAACGUAUCGCAAAGGUUUCGGUUCUUUUGAAAGUGAUUUCUUUCUUGGUUUAGAGAAAAUCCAUCGUAUCACGAGCUUGCAGCGCUUCGAACUUUACAUACAUUUGGUUGCUCAGAAUGGAAGAACCUACAACGCUCGUUAUGACGACUUCAAAAUAUCUGAUGAAGAUAAUGGAUAUGCACUGAGUUUGGGUAAAUUCAAUGGAACUAUUGAGGGUAGCAUGAGAAAACAUGAAAACAUGAAAUUCACAACAUUCGAUCACGACAACGACAAAGUUGAUAAUGGUAAUUGCGCAGUCUGGGGUAAAAGUGGCUGGUGGUACAAUUCUUGUUCUUAUUGUAAUUUAAAUACACCAUAUGGUAGUCUAUAUUGUUGGAACUAUGGAACUAUUUUACUUAAAGAAGUUAAGAUGCUAAUUCGCCCCAAAGAAGCGAUGAAGAAGUGAUAAACUGAAAAGCUGAAAUUCCCAUAUUUGACUCAAUUAUGUAAUCAUUUAUAUAUAAUUGGUGCAUUAAGAAAUUGCGUUCUGAAAAAUAAAA